AUGGCCACAAAGAAAAUCAUUGUUAUCCUCGGGGCUACCGGGAACCAAGGUGGAUCGGUCGCGGAGACUUUCCUACAAGAACCGCAAUGGCACGUCCGUGCAGUGACUAGGAACCCCCUUAGCACCAAAGCACGAGCUUUAGCUGCCCGCGGCGCGGAGAUUGUCCAAGCCGAUAUGGAUGCGCCAUACACCCUCUCGUCCGCCUUCGAUAACGCGCAGGUUAUCUUUGCUGUCAGUGACUUUUGGGGCUUAUAUGGUGAUCCUGCCAACGCAGCCAAGGCCACGAAGGAUCAGCCGCUCAACGUCUGGGCCGCGAACCAUGAGACCGAGCAACUGAAGGGCGUCAUCGAUGCGGCCGCAAAUGUCCCUACGCUGGAGCGUUUCGUGUUGUCAUCUCUCUCCAAUGCGACUAAGUGGUCGCAGGGGAAGUACACGCACGUCUACCAUUUUGACUCGAAAGCCAAGGCAGAGGCAUACGGAAAAGAAACAUACCCCGAGUUGUGGAAGAAGACCAGCAUCUUCCAGGCGGGGUUUUUCUUGAGCAAUUUCGUGUCGAACCCGAUCCUCCAACCCCAAAAGCAAGCGCAUGGUGUAGUCCACUUAGUCGGGAAUCUGGAUCCAGACGUCAAACUGCCGUUCAUCGCCUCAGAAGAAGACAGCGGACCGAUCGUGAAGGCCCUCGUGCAAGAGAGCGCUGGAAAAAAUGUCAUUGGCUAUAGGGAGUGGAUAACUUUACGCGAAGUCGCCGACGCAUUUACGCAAGCCACCGGCAUAAAAGCAGAAUAUAUCAGGUUGCCAAAAGGACAAUCGAACGUUCCGCUUCCCCCCGACCUGCAACUGGAAUUGGACGACAAUUGGGCUUACUGCAACGAGUUCGGGUACGAGGGCCGAGAUGACCCCACGAUCAUCCACCCCAAGGACUUGGGCUCGCCCCCGCAGCUGGACAGUGUGGUAAACUACUUCAAGAAGCAGGACUGGUCCAAUGUCUUGAGCGCCUGA